GAUCAAUAUUAGUUCCCAGGGUGAUGAAACAAAAAUGUAUUGAUUAUACAAGUCAUAAUGUCAUUUUUACUUCAUUUACGUAUUAUACAUCAAGUUAUUCCUUGUUAAUAUAAAAUUAAUCAAAAUGGGAACGCGUAAAAGCCACAAACAGUCGCACAACAUCGAAGACACAUCGAGGAGUUGAAAGAAGACAUUCUCGAAGAUGUCCCCAGUGUUACAAUCUCCGAAAUCAUGGAUUACAUCCACCAGAAACAAAAACUCGUCAUCACUGUCAAGUUUACCACAUUGGAUCGAGAAGUCUUCACGCAAUCUUAUGCUGGCCAGAGUACAAUCGCUGAAGUUAAAGAGAUUCUUAAAGAAGUCUUCAAUAUGUCUACCGUUGAGAAAAUCGUAAUAUCACAAAACGGCACUGUUCCCAAAGAUGACGAACUUUUAUCAUCUUUAGUCUAUGAUAAACAUUUUAUGAUGGAUCUGGAUUUACAAUCCACCGACCCAAAAGAGUUUAUAGCUGCUCACAAUGCGUACAAAUCAUUUACGGUCCCUGAUAUUAUCACCGUCACUGUAGUGUAUGAUGAUUGCACGUGUGAGGAUUUCGUUGUCGAGGUGGAAAACCGCUCCAUUUUGAAACCGUUCCUCGGAGGAUAUCGUGAUCGUAUCACACAGAUUGAAUACCAUCAUGGAUACACACAAACCGGUCCGUUUGUGAAAAAAGAUGGCAAGGGAAAAACGCACAGGACGACGCAGACGUACAAAAUGCGUAAUCGUAAAGAAGAUACUAUGUAUUCACGAGCCACGCAGAUGUCUCGACAAGAUUAUUACAUUCCCAAUGUGUGUGAUAAGGUUAUUACAGCUGGCAAAUACGAAUCGGCUGAUGAUAAAGCAACUAGGAUUGAUAUAGAGGGUGCAGUGAGGGUUAUUCAACGAUAUUAUCGUGCGUGGAAACUGCGCAAAGCUCUAAAAUUACUCCUGGCAGAGUAUAGAAAGCGAAUACUUUUGGAGCAAGAAGAAUUGGAUCAUUUACAGAAAAUGGACGAUGAGAGAAAGAAUCGCGAGUUGAUUGGGAAAGUGUUUCCGAGAACAAAAGCGGAUUUCUUUAUGUUGUACACAAUGUUGGAGAAUUGGAAAACGCAGAUUGAUCAGAUUAAAAAGAUGGCGUGUGGACCAUCGAAAAUGUCCCAGAUGUAUCUCUUACUAGAGAAAGAAAUCGACAUGUUAAUGUCCAUAGAACAACAGAAAAAGAUCCUCAAUGAAGACAGACGAGUACAGCGGGAUUUAGAAUUUUUAAAAACGAUCAGUACGCCGCUAUCCUGGAAUAGUGAUUAUAAAAAUCUCUAUAUUGAAAUGGAUACGCUCGAGACGCAAGCCGGGCGUGAAUAUGUCGACUUAUUUCGCAGGGUGUGUGAUACAUCAACAGGAAUCGAGGGACGUAUGCAAGCGUACAUGGAUGUGAAACUAUCACUAAGAAAUCACAUGCAUUGUGAAGUUGGUUUGGAGAUUAUCUCUCUGAUUGAUCGUGCGUGUCUCCUGAUCGGUCGUGGUUUAACCGAUCCUCAUCUUGAGGAGUUACACAAACGUAUUGAGGCUUGUAUCAUGAAACACUAUCACAUGAAGGAGUGUAAUCGUAACAUUGCUCUGCGUUACCACCGCGUCACUGAGAAACUCAUGAAGGAUAAUCUCUUCUAUUGUCAUCGUUGUAAAAUGUUUCGGACGCAUGAUGAGUUUAACAUUGAGCACACCACAACUGCUCUUACUGUGUGCAAGAACUGCUCGAUUGGUGACAAGAUCAUGGAACCAUGGCGAGAUAUUCAACCAUAUAGGUUUUUAUUGAAGUUGAUUCGCAGGGAUGAACGAAGAAAGUCUUCACAUUGUUCCAUUGCGUAUAUCCUGACUGAAAAUGAUAUUUAUCAUAUAAUAACACAGAUUUGGCAGUCACAUUCGGUUAUUAGUGAGGUGAAUGAUAUUUAUAAGUUGAGGUUGUGUAGGUUCUUCAAGGAUUUACCAUGGGCGCCAUGGAAUUGUAUUUUGUUGACUGCCGAGGAGGCAAGAGCACAUUUGAGUAUUAAGGAUUUGAAGACUGUGUAUGAUCCUGGGUUCUUGCAACUUAUCUGUAACAAGCACAUUUUGGCGAAGAGGUUUUUCAAGCGGGCGAUCAAACUGAACGACUAUUUUCAGGAAAUUGGGGAGGCGAAAAUCAGAUGGGAUGAGAUCUUUGAGAAGAAGGAGUUUAUUGCUGUGAAUAGCAAGACUACGAUCUUCCUUAGUUGUCAUUAAUGUGUAUUGGGACCAUUUUUAGCUAAAUUUUGAUUGACUGUAUUAGACUUGGGUGCCAUUUUGUUUUAGGUGUUUAUUUAUAGUAAUACUCAUUGUAUUUCACCCUAAUCCAUCAAAAUUUAAUAAAAACAUGCAUAAAAUGUCA